CGACCGGACAGGAAUUUUUCUGCGACAGGUGCCUGAAUGAAGAUGUUUUUAGAGUCGAAUUCCCACGAAAAAAGAACGAAAGAAGAACAAAAGUCAUAAUACACGAAACUUGAGGUAUUCCAUUUCUUCAGAAUGUCUUGUGUGGAGAUUGCUUCUAUCAUUCCUACCUCCACAUGGAGGUUGGAUGCUCUAGAGGUCAGUCUAGCCGUCAUCUUUGGGGUCAUCAUCGGGGUGAUUUUAGCAAUCAUCAUCUCAAGAUGCUUUGUCAAAGAACUUGCCAAAGACAGGAUUCACAAACACCAAGAUGAUUCUGUUGUAAAGAAUGCAGCUUAUGAAGUUGAAGUUGCAGGUUAUGCUGAUAUGACAUAUAGGAAAACUAAGUCAUCAACAGUCAACGAGAAGUCAUCACGCCAAAUGCUGAUCCAAGAGGAUGAUGAAAAUGAAAAGUAUGAGAAAAAGAAUAGGGAAGAUGAAUUUGAUGAUGAUGAUGGAGACGAGGAUGACAAUGAAGGGGAGAUGAAGGCGAUAUUAGCAUCAGGCAUCAUUAUUGCUCUAACAAUGCCAUCAAGUGAGAGGACUCUAGUUGAGCUUAGUCUUCAAGACUUCCAAGCAACCAAGUCCAUGGAGAAGGAAUUGCUUGAGGAGAGAGAAUCGGUGUUUGUCCAUAUUCUUGAAAUCCUGCUUGGAAGGUUUGUGGCAGCGGAGAAGAUGGAUGAGAAGUAUGCUGCAGACUUUAUUGAUAAGACCUCACAGGAACUACAUGAGGCAAAAGACUCUCUUGAAGCAACUCAAUUGAUGGUGGAACAAGAUUUGAAGAAUAGGUCCAAUCUGAUCAAGGAUCCUCUAGCCUUGGAAGAAGCACUGGAGAAUUCAAGAUCAGAUUACAUCAGGAAGAAGGAUGGCUUAGUUCAAGAUGCUCAGAUCAGAGUAAAAGAUAAGCUAAGCAGAGAGGCAGGACUUUCAUCUGACGAGGUUGAGGCCAUCAUGAAGAAACUAUUGGAAAACAUGGCUGCUGCUGAGAGAAUGAUCGGUCAGGAACAAAAUAGACAAGCUACGAUACUGAAUGAGAGACUGUCUAAACGCCAAGCACUGUCUGAACAGUAUUCACAUGUUACAACCAGGGAGAACAAGGCCAACCAAGCGAGGGUUAGGAGUGUGAAUGAAGUCGCCAACUAUCUGGCCCAAGAAAGAGAACUCAACCAAUCACAAGCCAAAAGCCUGAUGAAACAAUAUCAAGCUGAUUUAGAACAGAUACAGGAAAAUCACAAAGCUGCUGUAUUGAAACAGAGUCAAGAGCUUGCUGAUAAGCUGCAGCAGCACCGAGAGAGGAAGUUAAGAGCUCUAGAGAAGAAACAAGAAGAGAAGAGAGAGAAACUAGCAGCUAAGGCUCCACAAGUUGUAAAUCCAACAGACUUUGUUGAGGCUCAUCAUGAUCUACUUGAGCAGCAGCGUAAUGAGAAGAAUGAUUUGAUUGAUGAGCUUGACUACCAUGAAGCAGAAGAACUUAGUCUACUCAGGAAGACUUUAGAGGAGGAGAGAGGGAAGGAGUUAGCAGAGAAAGACAAGUCAUUGUUUGAAGAAUUGGUUGAAAGGGCACAACUGAAUGAAAAGGAGGCCAAUCGUAUAGUCAAGAAACAUCAAGCUAACGUGACUGCUUAUGAAGAGCAACUUGAUCAAGAGAAGAAACGUCAAAACAUGCUGCUGCAGGAGAAGAUUGAAUUACGCAAAGCAUCAUGGGAAGAGGAGCAGAAACGAGCCGCAGCUGAGCAGCAGCAGCUAGCUGAACAGCAGGAAAGGACCAUCUCAAAGCUGAUUGAUACACAGUCAGCCCUUGAUGAGGAGUCAAAGAGACAGAUCAUGCUUCAGCAUGAGCAGAAUGUUUCAGCUCUUAAUAAUCAUCUACAGAUGACUAAACUGAAACAACAGAAGCUACUUGAAGCAAAACUAGCCAAGAGAAGAGCCCACUAUGAAGCUCUUAAGGAAGAACAUUCAAAAGAUAGAUUGUCAAGAGGAGAAGAAGAUGAUGAAGAAGAGAGUCAACUCACAACAAAACAGGCUGAGGAGCUAGCAGCCGAGGAGGAAGCCAUGAAAGAGGAGCAGCAGGCGGCCAUCUUGGCUCUGCGGAAACAGCUCACCAAGGAGACUGAGGAGGUAUUGAAGGAGCAAGAUGCUAAGAUGGGGAUCCUGAUUGGUAAGCUCCAGGUGGGUCAAGCAAGGAGACAAGGAGUCAUCAAGAAGUUAGAUAAAGCUGUCAAAGAUCUCCAGGAUCAACUUGUUGAUUCCAUUGCUGAUAGUAACGUGAUAUCAGAACGCAAGACAGAACGUAUCAUGGCAGCUCAUAUGCAGGAGAUUGAAGAGAUCGAAGAGAAGCUUCGUCAAGCGAGGGCGCACCAAGAAGACCAGCUUCAACAAAAGAUGGAGACGAUCAAACUUAUGAGAGAAAAGACUUUAGCUGAGGAACUGAAGAAAGAAGCGAAGCCUUCAAAUGACAGUCGCAGGGACUCCUCUGCCCGUCACACGUCAGCCGGAGCCCUUCAGAUGAUGACUAAGAUCUUAGAGAGCAAUCGUCAGAAGCAAGCCCUUAGACAGCUGGAACAGGAGAUGAAGGUUGAGACCUUGAAGCAGAAAGAAGAACUCAAUGAACAGCUGGAGGAUGCACUAGAACAAGAACUACAGGAGCGUGAGAGAGAUUUCUUAGGACAGCUAGCAGCUCUUAGUCAACUCAGCAAGGAUGAGCUUAAUAAUAUGGUUCAAACAGCUAUAGCAGAGGACGGUGGCAAUGAGAACGAUGCUAAGAAGCUGAGCAAGGAUCUCAACAAACGAAUCAAGACGGCAAUGACUCGACCAGACAUGGACCCAGAGGCAGAAAAUGAUGAACCAGUAGAAGAGAAACCAAAGAAGAAAAAGAAGAAGAAAGGAAAGAAGGCACCUCCACCGGAUGAAGGAUAGAAAGACACGAUUCUUUGUAAAAAGGAGACGGUUGCUAAUGCUACAGUUA